AAAUCCUCCGGCUGAACCCUCCACGAGGGUGCUGACUGGAAAUGGGCACUACAGAGGAUUCUGUGCGAUGUCAGAAUGGUGCUCAGCUAAGAUCAGGAAUCAGUGCUAUGUGCUAAACUCCUUAAUAGCGUAGUCAUAUGGAAAUGGUUUCUGAUCGUGGCUUGGAGGUCUGAAGGGGCUGGAUCAAGGCGUCACGCGCACCGUACCGAGGAUCGGCGAGGCUGGGGGCCCCUAAAUAGCCCAGUCGCGAACGGAGCCCUCUGGGAGGCGGCCACACCCAGGAUGUAAGUAGGCCUUACCUGGGCAUCGCGGAUUUCUGCCCGGGUGGACGAACCCCCUUUCUCCGCAGCCCGUGGGAUCAAUUAUGGACAAAAAACAAAUAACAACAACAACAACAAAAACAGCAACAACAACAUCAAAAACAAUUUAUAAAGGGACCGGCCCCCUUAAAGCGUCGGAAGGGUCUCGGCCUACUAAACAAGGAGCUCAAGCGAUGCAGAGUACCUCCACCAGCCGUAGUUCGGUGACAAAUAGCGGGAAACCAAGGCCAAUGGUGAAACCGGGCCAAGCUCUCGCAAAAACGAAGGAAAGUGGCGUUGGGGUUGCUCAAAGGAGUCCACCCCGGGAAACUCCUGGCACCAGUGGACGCCAACCUGGCAUGCAGAUUGCAGCCGGGGAUAAGGCUGAAUCUGGGGCGCAGGCCCCGGGCGGUCCUCCCGCGACACCCACGGCCUUCACGAGGCCUGACCAGAGGCCAGCACCAGCUGCAGCGGGCUAUCGGCAGAGGAAGCUGGCUGCUCGAAUCCUGCAUAGGUUCACCGCAACGCCUGACCUGUGUAGCAAGGCGAAAGAAGAGCAUGUGAAGGAGAUCCUCACAGAAAUCGACUGGGCAAAGGCAGUCCUGCCCGACUACCGCAAGCCGGAGGAGAAGCAGCCGCAGGCGCCCUCCAGUAAGCGCAAUAGAUCGGGGGAAAAUACGCCCAACCAAUACGCAAAGAGGGUCAGAACGCAGGGGCCUUCUUUUGCUGAAGUAGCCAAGGAGCAGAUCCUGCUCGGCGUCAUCGAUGAGAGCAAUGAAGACAGCCUCACCCUGAGGCAGCAAUGGAAGUGGGUUAAGGCCGCGAUGGCCGACAUUGCUAUCAACAUUAUGUUGGAGAAUCCGGGACCUCCGCCAACCUGCAAGGGAGCGGGGUGGUUCCAAAAUAACAUCCGCGUUAUAGCAUGCGAGGAUGCUAGAUCAGCGGAGAUCUACAAGAAAACAGUCGCAGGUAUUGGAGAAGUCUACCCUGGUGCGAAGCUCAGGCCGGUCGACUUCAAGGACCUACCGGUGCGACCGAGAGCGAGAGCAUGGUUGCCUUGCAGGCCAGCGGAGCCAGAAAGGAUCCUCCAAACCACAAGGCUCUAUAGCCCGGAGCUACCUACCGAUAAUUGGAAGGUGGUAAAAAUUAACGAAAGCGGUAAAGCGACGAUGCAGGUUGUCCUGCUUCUAAAUAAGGACUCCAUAGAGUUGUUGGAGCAAAAGAGCGGGGUCAUACGUUACGGCUGUGACAUGGCCAAAAUUAAGGUCUACAGCAACGACGUAAACGCAGCGAAGAACCUGAUCGCGGAGGUAGAGCCGGAAGAGGCCAACAGCGACGUGGAGAUGGAGGAAGAAUCCGAGCAGGUUGAUCCGUUGGACGACCUGACCGGGGGUUAUGCCUCAUCGACGUCUUCGCUGGGGGUCGGACGCAUGCUUCGGCUUUAUACGGAGGAGGAGUUGAUCGAGAUGUCGGAAGACGCGGUCAACUCUACCCUAAUAGGCGACGUGGGCGAUAACGGCCAAGAUGGUGAAGGUACUGCAGAUUAACCUUCACCACUGUAAAGCAGCUUCAGCUGCACUGCUGCUCCAUCUAACAGCUAAAGGGGCAGCCGACAUCGUCCUAAUCCAAGAACCUUGGGUGGUGGGACAAAACAUUUGUGGGCUGAAAGCGCCGGGCUACAGACUGCGACGAGGACACAACAGCGGUCAGUCUAAGUGCAAACGGACGACCAAUUAAGAUGGCAUCCAUGUACCUAGCGCAUGACAAGGAGGUGCCAACUACCUGCAUUAAAGACCUAGUGGCCAGCACGAGAGAGGCGCUAAUUUUGGGAGGUGACGCGAAUGCUCACCAUCACACAUGGGGCAGCUCCGAUGAUAACGAACGGGGUGAGUCACUUUUUAAUUUCAUACUUAGUUCUAAGCUUGUUAUUGCGAAUAGGGGGAAUGAUCCCACUUUUAUUACAAAAUCCCGAAGGGAAGUUCUGGACGUUACCCUUAUCUCUGAGAAUGCGGAAUGUCUGGUCGGGAAGUGG